UGCCGGCGCGGGCGCGGAGCGGGCGGAAGAGGCGGGGCGAGCUGUGGCGGCAGCGGCGGCAGCGGCGGCAGCGGCGGCAGCGGCAUGAACGCGCCUCCGGCCUUCGAGUCCUUCCUCCUCUUCGAGGGCGAGAAGAAGAUCUCCAUCAAUAAGGACACGAAGGUGCCUAACGCCUGCCUGUUCACCAUCAACAAGGAGGACCACACGCUGGGGAACAUCAUCAAGUCGCAGUUACUGAAGGACCCCCAGGUGUUGUUUGCAGGGUACAAGGUCCCACACCCGCUGGAACACAAGAUCAUCAUCCGUGUCCAAACCACCCCUGACUACAGCCCUCAGGAGGCAUUCACCAACGCCAUCACGGAUCUGAUCAGUGAGCUCUCCCUCCUGGAGGAGAGGUUCAGGGUUGCCAUUAAAGACAAACAAGAAGGAAUCGAGUAAAAUCACCCUGCUUAGAGCAGGCUGUACUUCCGAGGCAGAACCACGUGGCUGUUUGUUAGAUGAAUCCUGGAUUCAAACCCCCAUUCAUGGCCUAUAUUUUCCCCCCUUGUCCCACGUAUGUUUAAUUUUGGACAGUAGCACUGAUGUUUUGAGUUUGUUUUUUGUGUUAUACUUUGCCAGGAGGAAAACUGUCGUGUCUGAGCUGAUGGAUAAGGCAUUAAAAUGAUGUCUGCUUUCCUAAUCGGAGCCUUCAUGCAAAUAUUUGUUGGUGAGGUUGGUGUGAGUGUUCUCCCACAGGAGACGCUGCUGUGUGACAGCGGUGGAUGAACUCUCUGCUUUUCCUUUCCAAGAAGUCGAGGCACUGCCAGCUCAACUAGGGUUUUGUUUUAUUAAGUGUCGUUUCUAUAUAAAACAAAUGCACCAAUUGUGGAAAACUUACAGUAAAAGAAAGCAGGUGUUUACAAUGA